AUGUUUGGGAUAGACUGUAUCCUAUAAUAAUAAAAAAAUAAUUUUUUAAACCUAAAAUAAUAAAAACAAACACCAAUUUCAAUUCCUAACAAUAUUAAAAUGAAAUCAAUACAGCAGUUAAUAUUAAACCAGGCCUUUGCCAAUAGCUCAUAUUUUAUAAACGUUUAAUUUAAUAGGGACCCUCCUCCGCCGGUGAGUUUUAUAGAUUUUCAAGAGGCACUACCGGCUUGCACUUUAAACGUUUGCUGAAAUGACCCACAGAAAAAUUUAGGACAUUUUACCUAUCUUUACGAGGAUGUUUGGUAGGAGUUCUGUUUUAGCCAAAGGGUCUUUGUUGAGAAACUUUUCUUCAUCAUCGUCAUCAGGUGUACUUAAAAUUGGAGAUAUUUUAAGGCAAACAAGAACAUUCUCAAAUGACGAUGUUUGCCAGUAUUCUAAACUGAGUCACGAUGUAAAUCCUUUGCACUUUGAUUCUGAGUCUGCUCGAGCUGCUGGGUUUGAAGAUCGGCUUGUCCAUGGCUUGCUUGUUGCUGCACUGUUUCCUUGGAUUAUUUCCUCCCACUUUUCUGGAGCUAUAUAUGUUUCCCAAAGCUUGCACUUCAGGUCUCCUGUUUACGUCGGAGAUGAAAUUGUGGGUGAGGUAAAAGCUAUCAGCAUUAAACAAAGCAAGAAGAGAUACAUAGCAAAACUAUCAACAAAGUGCUUCAAGAAUGGCGAGCUUCUUGUUCUUGAUGGUGAGGCCAUGGCAAUUCUACCAACUCUAGCUCUGGAACAUGAUAGUAGAAGAAGCUGAUAUAAAGUUGAACUUGUAAAUCAUGAAUUCAUUACACAGCUUGAUAACUGUUGGGAUUGCAGAAAGUUGACUGACAUGUUUUCAAUUUUGAAUUAUUAUUAUUUAGUUUACAUAUCAACUCUAAAACCCAAGUGCUUCAGUCAAAACACAUUUCAUCCUUAAUUGCAAUAAUGCUUUUGGUUUGGUUAA